UUCAAAUCACGUGACAAUCACGUUACUGAUGUAGUCUGUAAAGCAGUGACAAGUACCAACAUAUUGUGUUGUCUUGUACAGAGGAAGAAAGAACGCAUCAUACCAAGGACAGUUGUGUGUUGUCGUCGCACGGAAUGAUCAGUCAGGUGACACAGUUCCAUGUAAACAAGGUAGAGCUUCUAGCUGACCUAAACGAACGCCACAUUUUUUCUUUCCUUGAUGACCUGAACGCACUUCAAACAGAUGCGCUGAUCAUGACGCGGUGAAAUGUCAACAUUAUGACGAAGUCUAUGAUCGUUUGGAAAUGUUUCAUCGUUUUUGGCUACAUGCUUCAACCCGUUUAUACAGGUGCCACACAGCCCAGUAAAGCAUGCUAUGGUUCCGCUGGAAACCCCUGUACUCGGCAUGACAUCAGCUGCAACAGCACCCAGAAGAUCGCCAUCUAUGACGCCUACUACACUAACAAUACAGGGUGUGCAGUAACAGGUCUCUCUAAUUGCGACACAGUGAACCCGGACAAUGUGACAGAACAUGGAUAUCACAGGUUCAACAACACCGAGCUGGUGUCCCUUUACAACAACUGUUCAACAGAGAAUCAGUGUGUGUAUCGUGCUCCCCGGCGUGGUGCAGCUCGUGCAUUCUCCGUUGUGGAAUAUCAGUGUAUCAAGACUUCAGACCCUGUUAAUGUGACGUGUGAACCAGUGACAGGCGAAGGUACAAAUACAGGAACAACAAUUUCCUCAAAAGAUUAUAACAACCAUAUUUCAACAGAAACUUCAUCGAAAGUCGACACUGGUGCAAUUAUUGGUGGAGUUGUGGCCACAGUCGUAGCAAUAUUGGUUGUAACAUUGGUAUCAGUGUGGCUUAUACGAAAUAGACGAGCGAAAGGUGAAGGAAAAGAGAAGACCGCAUCAUUUCCUCUGGAUGUACAGCCUGGCAUGGCAUACAGUUUGGCCGGUAAAACCCCACAGAACAACUACCAUGAAAUCCAGGAUCUUAAGACACAGAGCGGUGAUUAUGAUUACGCUACCGCGGAUGGUAUGGAGAUUCCUCAAAUUGCAAACACAUAUUUCAUUCUUGAACAAGCUGAGAAGCAGAAUGCAGAACAGUUUUCGAAAGCCUCUACCACUGAAAGUGAUUAUGAUCACAUCGGAGUCAAAGCAUCCCCACAGACCAGUGGCUACGACACAACAGCCUCGGUGGCUCAACCUUCACAUACAGGAGGAACAAUUGGAGAAGACAAUUAUGGUUACAAUCUUUUCCACAAGAAAACCAACCCGCAGAUACACCAGAAUGACUAUGACACCGCUGCUUCUGCAACUAAGGCAGUAGCACAACUGAGUAUGACCGAUAGGAACACUGAUGAUGAUGACUAUGACCAUUUCCCUAGGGUGACCAAUCAUCCUGAAACUGUUAGUUCGCCGUAUGAUACUGCAUCGGGAAUGGCAGACAAGUCUGAUUAUUCGAUUGCAGGACCAAUGAAAUGAGCAUAUCCCUAAAAUGGAAUAUGUUUUUGUGUGCUGUGUUCCGAAUAUCUCGAUGGUUACCUUGAACUUGACAAUGUCCUCAGUUGUGGCACCAAACAUUUUCGUAUUCACAUAACGCUGUUUUGUAUAUCAGAAAUAACUAUUUUGGACGCAUAUGUUUAAGGCUGAACAAGGGUAAACCAGUCGUCUAAGGCGCCACAAUUCCCAGUGCCACGAUCUAUGCAUAUGAUCAUGUGUUCGAGCCCCAGUUUCGCCUUGGUCAAUUAAAGAUUAUAGCAUUGUCAGCACUAUUCCCGUAGUUGAGGGGUUUGUCAAAAUGAGAAACAUUUAAGAUUUGCUGUUCUUCCAUAUAGAUCUGAAACGUCAGCUGUAAUAAUGCUUAUUCGCUUUCACUUUAAUCCUUCCAUGUAUUUAAACAGUCUUUGGAUUCCCACCGUUAUCAGAUGUGUCACUUUGAUAAUUCUUAAAUAGUUUAUGUUAAGUAAUUGCAUACAAUUUCAACGUAAAUACCAAUUAAGCACAAUGAAUACGUGUACAUGUAUAUAAGUAUGAUUCACCCGUGAAUAAUCGUUUUUUUACCGAGCGUUACAGUGUAUUUCUUCUUAAUAUAAGUGUGAUUACUUCAAUUCAUGCUAUUACUACCAAGUAUUUUACCGUUUGUGUAACAUUAUUCUGGGCCACUAUGGCUAUUUUUGUUCAUAUUGGAUGAUACAUAUUACAGUAUCAAUUCUUCACCGUUUCUGUAACUUUGAUUUGGACAUUGCUUUUCAUGUACAUAAUUUCCUUGAUGACGAAAAAGCAUUAGCAGCCAACUCCAUCAACACAGUCCAUCAUAGUUAGGCUCAGAACUUAUCAGUCACCGCUCAUGCCUUGAACAUUUUACAGUGUUUGCACAGGUCUUUUAACCAGAUAGCACAUAGUCCUCAAUAAUUAUAAUGCAAUUGUAAUAGCAUUCCGGUGGUAUCCAAAUACUGGAGUGGGGUCUUUCCAUGGGCAAGCUGAUCCUUCAGUAUACCAAGCCGAUUGUCGUGAUCAAUUUCGCUUAACCUAUCAACUCUGACAAUAUGGGGAAAUAGUUAAUUUCUUAUUUUAAUUGUCUCAGUGUGCCCACUAAACUACAUAUAAUAACAAACUCUUUGUUUUUCUUUUCUGCGUUUUCUUAUUUCAUAUCAAAACUCUUCUGUAAAUAUAACCUGUUUGAUCAACGAAUAAAGGUCCAUUUGAUUUUA